AUGAGCGAUUGGAAGACAAAUUUAAAUAAAAGAUUAAUAGUGGAUAAUGGUUCUUGGGAAAUAAGAUUAGGAUCUGCUUUAAAUGAAGUACCUAAUUUAACUUACUAUAAUUUAUUAGGUAUUGACAGAAAAAAUGGUAAUUUGUUAUGCGGAGAGAAUUUAAAUAACUACAUAGAUGAAGCUAAUUUGAUAUAUGUAAAGCCUUAAGUAAGGGGUGUUGUAGUUGAUUGGGAUCAUGAAGUUCAUUUAUGGGAAAAAAUGCUAGAUGCUUAAACAGAAUUUGAAUCAAAAUAAAACGAGUUAUAAUCUUAUAGUAUUAGUAUAUUGCACAACCCUUGCGUACCUGAUAAAGUUAGAUAAAGAAUGAUUGAAGUUUGUUUUGAGUAUUUUGGAUUUGAUGCAAUAUAUCCUGCUUUAUCUCAACAAAUGUCUCAAAUACACGCUUUAGAUAAAUACAAUAAAAAAAUAAGCGACACUUUUCAGUUAGUUAUAGAAAUAGGGCACUCUGCUACUUACUUUGUGCCUUUCUUUGAUGGAUAACCUAUAAAUUAUGCAAUUAAAAGAUUAGAUGUUGGUGGUAAAUUACUUACAAACCAUUUGAAAGAAAUUAUUACAUGCAGAUAUAUUCAGCUAAAAAACGAAAUUAGAAUGGUUUCUCAAAUUAAAGAGGACAUGUGUUUUGUGUCACAAAAUUUUUAAAAAGAUAUCAAAUUGCGAAAAGGCUCUCAUACCAAGUAUUUUAUUUUACCUGAUUACGAGACAGGUAAAAAAGGUUUUGCUGUAGAUUUCUAUGAUAGAUCUUCUUAUAGUGAUAAGCUAACUUUAGACAAAGAGAGAUUCACCCUUCCAGAAAUAUUGUUUAAUCCAAGUGAUAUAGGUUUAGAUUAAUGUGGUAUCUCAUAAGGCGCAAGCAGUGUUAUUAAGGAAAUACAUCCUGAUAUUAAAGAAUACUUCUAUGAGAAUAUCAUUUUAUGUGGUGGAUCAUCAAAUUUUGUGGGCUUAAAAGAAAGACUAUUAAAUGAAGUCACUUAGAAUACUCCUGAUUAUUUAGAUAAUAAAUUAGUUCAUCUCAAAGACACUUCAUCAGCUUAUUAGGGAUGUUAAAGGGUAACUUCAGGAGAUAAUUUUGAAAUGCUAGCUAUGAAUAGAAAUGAUUAUAAAGAAUAUGGAUUUGAACAACUAAAUGCUCUGUAUUUUAUUUGA